GGGGGGUGCUCGCGGCGGGCCCAGCCGUGUGAGCCCCCCUGUCUCAAGGCAAGGCCAGGACCAGCAGGCGGAGUGUGCAGGAGCUGUGGUGGCACCAGGUGGCGCACGGCCUGGGGGCGCGCUCAGCAGCGCAGGGGCUGGAAAUGGCCAGGGUCCCGUUAAAGGGUUGGAGCAGGACGGCUGGACGGUGGGGGGGCAGCUGGGGAAGACAGACCGUGCGCAGGUGGCAGCGGUGGUUGAGAAAAAUCGGGAUGUGUUUGCGUUUGGGUUGGGGGAGAUCGGACAGUUUAAGCUCUUUGAGGUUGAGCUCAAGCUCAAAUCCGAGCAGCCCAUCUUCGAGCGCACGCGGAGGCACAGCAUCAGGGAGUGGGAGCUCGUGGAUGAGAGAUGUCGGGAGCUGGAAGAGGCGGGAAUAAUCGAGGAGUGUGACAGUGGUUUCGCGGCUAACUCGGUGAUGGCGGCCAAAAAGGACCCUGAGGGGAACUGGAAGCUAGCGCGGUUCUGCACGGACCUGCGCGCCAUCAACGAGCAGACAGCUCAGGAUGGAUAUCCAAUGCCCUUGCCUGAGGAGGUGUUGGAGGGGCUUGGGCACGCGAAGUUCUACUCCACGAUUGACAUCCGGGGGGCCUUUCACCAGCUGGUGGUCAAGAAGGAGGACCGAAGGAAGUUGGCCUUCUGGUCAAGCUCCAAGCUUUAUUGCUGGAAGCGCUGUCCCUUUGGGGCGAGGAAUGCCAGCGCGUGGUUCCAGAGGGCCAUCGACCGCACGCUGCGGGGGCUGGAGUCGUUUGCUCGGAGCUUCGUGGACGACUUGCUGGUGGCUGGGGGGGAGACGGUCGAGGCGCACAUGGAGCUGGUGCAGCAGGUGUUCGACAGGCUGCGGGAGGGAGGGCUUAAGUGCCAUCCGGAGAAGUGCCGCUUUGCUGCGGAUUCGGUGGAGUAUCUGGGGAUGUGGCUGCGGCCGGGCGUGGUGUCCCCACAGGUGGCCAAGGUCGCGGCAAUUGCAGCUCUCCCAAGGCCCACGGAUGUGACGUCUGUGAGAGCCUUUUCGGGGGUAGUCAACUACUACCGUCAGUUCAUCCCCGAGUGCAGCCGGCUGCAGGCGCCCCUCAAUGCGCUCACUAAGAAGGGCGCGUCCUGGGAGUGGGGGGAGGCGCAGGAAGAGGCCUUCCAGGCGCUCAAGCUGGCCCUGCAGGGAGACCCGGUGUUAGUCCUCCCAAGGCGGGGGAGGCCGUUCCGCGUCCGCUGUGACUGGAGCAAGAAGGGCAUUGGGGGCGUGCUGCUGUAG